CUCUUGCUCUUUCUCUAACAUAACCGACCGCUCUGCUUCAUUUGGCCCUGUCCAAGGAGCUCACAGCCGGGCUAUCACGUCGCCGAAGAGCUGAAGCGAUAGAGGAGGGCUGCCACAAACACCAUUUGCAUUUUUUAAUUUUGUUAGUCAAACAGUUAAUAGGCGUUUAAGAUGUUGAGGGUGCUGGUCUUGGCCGCUCUCACCGGCUGCAUCGGGGCCAGUGAUGUGCAUGAUUACACGGAUGAUGAUUUCGAAAGCAAAAUUGGACUCCAUGGACUGGCUCUGGUGGAGUUCUUCGCCCCUUGGUGCGGUCAUUGUAAACGGCUAGCACCUGAGUAUGAGACAGCCGCCACACGUCUGAAAGGCAUCGUCGCUCUGGUCAAGGUUGACUGCACAACCAGCAGCAACGUAUGCAGCAAAUAUGGUGUCAGUGGUUACCCGACCCUGAAGAUCUUUAGAGAUGGAGAUGAAACCGGUCCCUAUGAUGGUCCCAGAACUUCAGAUGGGAUUGUCAGUUUCCUUAAAAAGCAGGCUGGACCAGCUUCUGUGGAGCUCAAGGCUGAGGCCGAUUUUGUGAAGUUCACUUCAGAGCAAGACGCAAGUGUUGUCGGGUUCUUUGCUGAUGAGAAGAGCACAGCACAGGCAGAGUUCACAAAGGCAGCCAAUGCCUUGAGGGACAACUACCGCUUCGCCCACACCAACUCUGAGGCUCUCCUCCAGAGCCACGGCAUUGACGGAGAGGGAGUCAUCCUUUUCCGCCCACCAAGACUCAACAACAAGUUUGAAGACUCCUCCGUCAGAUACAGCGAGGACGUUUAUACAAACAACAAAAUCAAGAAGUUCAUCCAGGACAACAUCUUUGGAAUCUGCCCCCACAUGACGGACGACAACAAAGACCAGCUGAAGGGCAAAGACCUUCUGGUGGCUUAUUAUGAUGUUGAUUAUGAAAAGAACCCCAAGGGCUCCAACUACUGGAGGAACAGGGUGAUGAAGGUGUGCAAGGUCUUCCAGGAUCAGGGCAAGAAGCUGAACUUUGCCGUGGCGAGCAAGAGCGCGUUCAGCCACGAUGUGGCGGAGUUCGGUAUGGAUGGCAUCUCAGAAGUGCCUGUGGUCGCCAUUCGCACCAGCAAGGGAGACAAAUUCGUCAUGACCGAGGAGUUCUCUCGUGAUGGAAAAGCUCUGGAGCGUUUCCUGCAGAAUUACUUUGAUGGCACGUUGAAGCGUUACCUUAAAUCAGAGGCCGUCCCAGAAAACAACGAUGGACCCGUCAAGGUUCUUGUGGCUGAGAACUUCGACUCGAUCGUCAACGACAACAGCAAAGACGUGCUGAUCGAGUUUUACGCUCCGUGGUGCGGACACUGCAAGAGCCUGGAGCCCAAAUUCAACGAGCUGGGAGAGAUGCUCGCCAAUGAUCCCAACGUUGUCAUUGCCAAGAUGGACGCCACAGCAAACGAUGUGCCAUCUCCAUAUGAAGUCAGCGGUUUCCCCACAAUGUACUUCUCCCCAGCCGGAGAUAAGAGGAACCCAAAGAAAUACGAGGGAGGUCGCGAGGUGAGCGACUUCAUCGCCUACCUGAAGAAGGAGUCCGCCAACCCCCUGGUGAUGGAGCCCAAGAAGGACGACGACGACAAGACGGAGCUAUAAAAGCUCCAAACAGAAACUCAGCGUCCCCACUACAACAGGAGGAUUGGAGAAAUCCAUGCAAAGAAAGAACUAAAUUAUAUUCCACUCUCUUAGUGAACUACCGAAUGCUCUGAGGCCAAGUUGAGAGACUGGGCCCUUCCUUUAGGUCCUCCGCUGCUCUGGGAAAACUGUGGAAGGUGGACAGGGCCUGCCUGAUGUUUAAAAACUAAUUCUUAGGGAAGAGGGGACAGCUUUUUUUGAAAAUUGAGAUUUUUCUUUCCCUUGGUGUGUCUACUGCACCUCAGGCUGAUGCACUUUGACUCCCGUCUCCAGUCAUCUGCCGCCUUUUUGUUUUUUCUGUUGUCACAGGGGGUAAUGGUAAUGGUGAAUUCCUUUUUGUUUUUGUAACGCGUCUUUUGUUUUUGUACAUUUGGAAGGAUUGUGAAAUAAAAAGGCCCACAAACCAAAACACAA